GCGACGCACGGACGCUAGUCGCCAACUUUCGCAACUUUUUCAAACAAAAAUAACUCUAUAUAAAAAGUGAAAUUAAUCUUUAAAGUAUGAUAAUACAUACUACAGCUUAUUAUGUGCAGAAACUAGUUGAAACAAGCGAGUGUAAAACCAAAAUUGGAUUGUAAAUUUCGUUCGUCUUAUUUCGUGUUCAUUCGGUUCCUGUCGCAGGGUUAAAGUAUAAUAGUUCAACAUAAACCAUUUGAUGUUAUUAAAACUUUAUUAUGACGUCGAAAAGUAAGAAGAUCUUAGAAGAUAUACAUCCGUUGCAUAUAAUUCGGGAAGUACAAAAAUGGCCCGUUCUAUACGUUAAAGAUAAUCCCGAACGGGCAAAUUUACAUUUCAAGUACAAAAUUUGGAAUGAAAUCGCGAAGGCACUUUUCACUGAUUGGGAUUCGUACAGUGAGAGUGAAAAGGAAUGCAAAGUUUCAGAUCUUAUAAAAAAGUGGCGUAAUCUCCGCGAUACGUUCAAACGGCAACUCGCAACUGAGAAAAAGAUCCGAGAAGGUUACAAUAUAAAGAAGAAAACAUACGUUUAUUUCAAACAUAUGCUUUUCUUACUGCCUCAUGUUUCAUACUCCGAAAAUGAAACGUCUGAUCCGAUUUUGGAACCCAAACUCGAUGAAUAUUUUAAUAAGCGAGAAAAGAGAAAAGCGCCCUUAAAGGAUAAAGAAAAGAUCAAGAGAAAAAAAAUACCUACAACUCUAUCACAAUCCGUCCAACAAGAAGAAAUCGACGAAGAUCGACAUUUCCUUAUGUCACUCGUACCGUCGUUCAAAAAGAUGAGCGACGACGAAAAGCUAUCCGCUAAGGUGAGGAUUUUGAAGGUAAUCAAAGAUAUUCGGAGAAAAUCCAAUAUAAUGGAAUGCAUGCCUGUUGCGGACUCUCUAUCAUACAACGUUGAAGAUACAGAUGUUGGGGAGAUUAAAGUUGAAAUGCUCCAGAAUGAAGCUAACGAAACACCGUCAAAUGAUUCUGACUCAGCCGAUAGUGAAAACUCUGAUUAGGAUAUCAGUUUUUACUGAGAUUGUAACCAUCUUAUUUUAACUGAUAUGAUAAACGCCAACAGCAGUCAUAAAGAAGAUACUGUCGAGUUCAAAAGGAAAAUUAUUCAGAAGGAAAUAAAGUAAGGAAUUUCUAAAGCAUUUACAAGUGUACAUAUUAUGGGCGACCUAUAUGACUGUAACUGAAGACGUGCCAUUUCAGGUGUCAUGUUUGUAACCAGUUUUAACAAAAGUAUAUACAUACAUAGUACAUUUCAAAUGAAGCAAA